CAGCGUAGACAGGCACCCGCGGCGGGGGCGGCAGAGAGCAGCGAUGGCCGGGCGAGGAGGCCGGGCGCUGCUGGCGCUGUGCGGGGCGCUGGCUGCCUGCGCGUGGAUCCUGGGCGCCCCGGUGUGGCUCGAGUGCACCGCCAUCAGCAGGAUCUACACGGUGGGGCGCAGCUCCGAGGCCAGGGAGCUCCUGGUCAUCGAGCUCUCCGACAACCCUGGUGUCCAUGAGCCCGGUGAGCCUGAAUUUAAAUAUAUUGGGAAUAUGCAUGGUAAUGAGGCUGUUGGGCGAGAGCUGCUCAUUUUCUUGGCUCAGUACCUAUGCAAUGAGUACCAGAAAGGGAACGAGACAAUCGUCAACCUGAUCCACAACACCCGAAUUCACAUCAUGCCUUCCCUGAACCCUGAUGGCUUCGAGAAGGCAGCAUCUCAGCCUGGUGAGCUCAAGGAUUGGUUUGUAGGUCGAAGCAAUGCCCAGGGAAUAGAUCUGAACCGGAACUUUCCAGACCUGGACAGAAUAGUUUAUGUUAAUGAAAAAGAAGGUGGUCCAAAUAACCAUCUGCUGAAAAAUCUGAAGAAAAUUGUGGAUCAAAACACAAAGCUUGCUCCUGAGACUAAGGCUGUCAUUCAUUGGAUUAUGGAUAUUCCUUUUGUGCUCUCUGCCAAUCUCCAUGGAGGAGACCUUGUGGCCAAUUACCCAUAUGACGAAACCAGGAGUGGUAGUGCUCAUGAAUACAGCUCCUGCCCAGAUGAUGCCAUUUUCCAAAGUUUGGCUCGGGCAUAUUCUUCUUUCAACCCAGCCAUGUCCGACCCCAAUCGGCCACCAUGUCGCAAGAAUGAUGAUGACAGCAGCUUUGUAGAUGGAACAACCAAUGGUGGUGCCUGGUACAGUGUUCCUGGUGGGAUGCAAGACUUCAAUUACCUCAGCAGCAACUGUUUUGAGAUCACGGUGGAGCUGAGUUGUGAAAAGUUCCCACCUGAAGAGACUCUGAAGAGCUACUGGGAGGACAACAAAAACUCUCUUAUUAGCUACCUUGAGCAGAUACACCGAGGAGUUAAAGGAUUUGUCCGAGACCUUCAAGGUAACCCAAUUGCCAAUGCAACCAUCUCUGUGGAAGGAAUAGAUCAUGAUGUUACAUCUGCAAAGGAUGGUGACUACUGGAGAUUGCUUGUACCUGGAAAUUAUAAACUUACAGCCUCGGCUCCUGGCUAUUUGGCAAUAACAAAGAAAGUAGCAGUUCCAUAUAGCCCUGCUGUUGGGGUUGAUUUUGAGCUGGAAUCAUUUUCUGAAAGAAAAGAGGAAGAGAAGGAAGAAUUGAUGGAGUGGUGGAAAAUGAUGUCAGAAACUUUAAAUUUUUAAAAAGGCUUCUAAGUAGAUGCUUUUAAUUUAUCUAUAUAAUGUAGUAUGAUAUAAUGUGACCAUUUUCUUUUAGAUUUUGUGCAGUUAAUAUUUGACACUGAUUUAAAAAAUCAUCUAAAUAUUAAUCACCGUUACUUAAAAUAAAUAAUUAGACUCUUAGGUAAAAAUAAGAACUUCCUCUAUUUCAUUCCCUUAUAUAGCAUUCAUUUUCCUACAUAUGUUACAUGAAAGAUUAUAGAAAAGAUUUAAGUAAGCUUAGAUUUCAAUGCAAUAUUUCAGUGUGUUAUUUACAAUACACAACUUUUUGAGUAAUUCUAGCUUUUAAAAACUAGUAAAGUUCUUUUAAUGUAAUUGGUGAUACUGUCACAUGCCACUGGAGAGGUCAACUGGUAUACCUUGGAUUGUGAUCAUUCUAUUACAAGACUUUAAAUAGUUUAGUAAACUUGUCAUUUGUCUCCUGUGCUGACUAGCCAUAUAAGCAUGAUCUCGUUAAUGCAUCUUUGAUGGGAAGGAAAUGUACAUGUUUACCAAGAGUUUGUAUGAAAGGAAUGGAAAUUAACUUCUUGCUUGUUCAUAUAGAGGCAAUACUAUUAUAUUAUUUAGUCUGUUAACACUAUUUCAGAAUUUGGGGUUUCUCUUGGUUAUGGAUUGGUUCAGAAUUGUAUUAUGAAUGAAUAAAUGUCUAAAAAAAC